AUGGAUGCCACACAGCCGACACAGACACAGCCGACGCAACAGUCGGCGCCAACGCAACGUGAGGAUGAUACUGCUGACGAGAACCAUAUCUGUAGGCUCAUUUGCACCACGGGCCAGUAUAGACAUUUUGAUUUGAACAAAAACGCCCCCACGCGUACCCCAGCUCUGCUGCUGAAGAAGACAUGGUUAUUUGGCAGAAACACAGAAUGCGACUUCGUGUUGAGCUGCUGCACUCGUCUAUCGAAUAAGCACUUCAAGCUAUGGCUCAACGUGAACGACAAGACGCUAUGGAUUCAGGACACAUCUACGAAUGGAACCCACCUUAAUGGCAAUCGAAUUGUCAAGGGAUCCAAUUAUAUCGUGAAUCAGGGAGACGAGAUUGCUGUUGGUGUGGGUGUGCCGAAGGACGUGAUACGGUUUGUGGUGCUCUUUUCUGACGCUUACAACCCGCUUAACUCAUCUAACAAUCUUGUCAUCAAGGAUGAGGGCAUAUACAAGGAUUUCAUUAUCAAGAAUGAGACAAUUGGUCAAGGUGCAUUUGCAAUUGUCAAGAAGGCAGUGGAGAGAAGUACGGGUGACUCGUACGCGGUGAAAAUGAUCAAUCGUAGAAGAGCUAUACACGCUGGCGGAAAGGGUGCCAUGUUGGGAGUUAAUAGAGAGCUUGAAAUUCUUCGAAAACUUGAUCACAGAAACAUCGUUAAGCUCAAAUCAUUCUACGAGGACAUCGAGAACUACUACUUGGUCAUGGAGUUUGUACCCGGCGGAGAUCUUAUGGACUUUGUCGCUGCCAAUGGUGCAAUAGGUGAAGAUGCUACUCAAGUAAUUACCAAGCAAAUUUUGGAUGGCAUAGCCUAUGUGCAUCGUUUGGGAAUCUCUCACAGAGAUUUGAAACCCGAUAACAUUCUUAUUAUGCAAGAUGACCCAAUUCUAGUCAAAAUCACCGACUUUGGCCUUGCUAAGAUCAGUGACAAUGCAACGUUUAUGAAGACAUUUUGCGGCACAUUGGCGUAUGUUGCCCCAGAAGUUAUCACUGGUAAAUAUGACCUGCAACAAGCAUCUGAAGACACAAAGAAUACAAACUACAGUAACUUGGUUGAUAUAUGGUCGCUAGGUUGCUUGGUGUAUGUGCUUUUGACGUCACACCUACCAUUUAAUGGGAAAACUCAAGGCCAAAUGUUUCAGAAAAUCAAGAGUGGCGAAUACCAUGAAUCACCGCUCAAUUCGUAUGAAAUUUCUGAGGAGGGUCGUGAUUUUCUUAAGUGUUGUUUGCAAGUUGAUCCAAGAAAAAGAAUCGUGGCAGAAGAAGCCUUGCACCACUCCUGGCUUGAAGAUGUGGAGCCUUUCACCCAAGAGACACAGGAUUCUCAAAAGGUGAGUUUGUCACAGUCAACGUCACAAAAAUCAAGGAAGAUCGAGAACGGACUCCAUGUGAAUGCAUCUAUGAGCAAAUUGGAUGAUGAUGUAAUGUUUAGGCCAUUGGAAGGGGAGAGAAACAAGAAGCAUAAGGAUAGCAACUCUCAAUUCAAGGUGCCUAGGAGGGUUGUUCCUUUACCUCAGUCUCAACCGCUUCAUCCCAACUCACAAAAAGCAAAUAUGUCAAACCAAAUACUGCCAUUGAAACGCAAAAGCGAUGACAUCAAUAGAAAAAGACCUUCACGAGUCUUCGAGGAUGUUGAGGUGUCCAAGAGAGCAAAGAUUGACGAAGCUAGGGUCAAAAACCUUAGAAUAACCGACGAGAAGAUAGAUGGCCCACCCAAAGAUAACUUCAUUACAUUGCGGCCACUUUGUGAUUCAGUCACCAAAAAACCGAUCUACAUUCGUCAGGGUGUCAAUCCAUAUGCAAUUGGUAGAAACGAAACAUGUGAUACGUUUAUCAAUGAUGAUAGAAUGUCAAAGAUUCAUUGUUUGAUUCAUAAGCGCCGUCAUCCCGUUACACAAGUAUCCAUUUAUGAAAGCCCUGCUCAUUGUUUAGAAGACAUUUGGUUGUUGGACUUCAGCACAAACUCGUGUUUUGUUAAUGGCGUAAGACUCGGAAAAGGCAAGAAGGUACAGUUGUUUAACAAGGAUAGAGUAGAUUUCUUUGUCGACGACACGGUCAACCAACUGUUGAGCUAUAAAGUUCAAAUUGAUGACCCUACAGGGCUUUAUGGUGGUGGCGAAAAGGUUGGCGAUCAAUUUGUCAAUGUUCUUCAAUUUGAUAGUUCCGACGUUAAGCUUCGUCCGCCCGUUGUAUCAGUUGCAAAUCCUGCUGGUGAAUCAGCUGUUGCCAAUCGCAAGUUGUCAAUGCCAAGUCAGGAACUUGGUGGAGGCAUAAUGAGUGGGAAUGGAGGCAACUUUAAUCCGCUGUUACGAUUGCAAAGGCGCUUGCACGAUAGCACAAAAUCUCCCUCGAAAACUAGCCUGUCAAAAAGGGCCAGCUUACAAAGUGGACAAGAACGUCCGGCAAAUUCUUGGGUUUGA